CUCCUCUUUCUGACCUUUGGCAUCGCUGAUUUCACCAUGGUGCUGGCCUGGUGGGCGGCUUUUCCUUCCUGUCUCUCCAAUGGCGGUGCAGUCUCAGGGCCAGGGCCUGAGCGGGUUUCUCUGUGGCUGCAGUGACCUGGAGAAGUCGAUGGAGAAGCUGCAGAGGGACGCAUCCCACAGCCACCGGCUGAUGCCUGGCCCGGAGCUGGAGGAGAAGGCGCUGGUGCUGAAGCAGCUGGGAGAGACUCUGACGGACCUCAAGGCUCACUUCCCCGGGCUGCAGAGCAAGAUGCGUGUGGUGCUGCGCGUGGAGGUGGAGGCCGUGAAAUUCUUGAAGGAGGAGCCGCAGCGCCUGGACGGGCUGCUCAAGCGCUGCCGCGGGGUCACCGACGCGCUGGCCCAGAUCCGCAGGCAAGCGGACGAGGGGGUGUGGCCUCCCCCCAACAACCUUCUGAGCCAGUCCCCCAAGAAGGUGACGGCCGAGACGGACUUCAGCAAGGGCUUGGACUUCGACUUGCCGCCCCCGAGUCCUCCACUGAACCUGCACGAGCUGAGUGGCCCAGCCGAGGGGGCCCCCCUCACCCCGAAAGGCGGCAACCCCACCAAAGGCCUGGAUGCUCCUGGGAAGCGCAGCGUGGACAAGGCCGUGUCUGUGGAGGCUGCAGAGCGGGACUGGGAGGAGAAGCGGGCCGCGCUGACCCAGUACAGCGCCAAGGACAUCAAUCGGCUGCUGGAGGAGACGCAGGCCGAGCUGCUAAAGGCCAUCCCCGACCUGGACUGUGCCGGCAAGAGGCUGCAGAGCGGGACUGGGAGGAGAAGCGGGCCGCGCUGA